UCCUAGCUGACUGAUCCAUCCUAGGGCUGAUUGGCACUUCCGCCUUAUUUUUACGUGGAAGACAACAUGGUGCUCCUUGAGAAUGACGCGUUUCUCAGUGAACUCACCCGGUUAUUCCAGAAGUGUCGGUCGUCUGGCUCGAUUAUGCUGACGAUGAAGAGAUAUGAUGGCAGAACCAAACCAGAGCCAAGGAAAGGGAAGCUGCCAGAACCAAGUGAAUAUAAAUGUCUAAUCAGAGCAAACUUAGGAAACAAGAAAAUUACUACAGUUGUAAACCCAAAAGAUGUAAAUAGAUUCCACAUGGCUUAUACCAAUGUACUAAAGGGAAACAUGGAUGGACUCAAGAAGAAGGACAAAAAGUCUGCAGCUAAGAGCAAGGCCAAGGCUACUCAGUGACCUGUUACAGUGACAUGUUUUACAGGAAAACCAGUCUCAGACACAGGACUUUACAAGGCUUAGAAGGAUUCAAUUUAAAGGGAAUCCCAUGUUUGUUGCAUGAGGGUCACCUUUGCUAUAAGUAUGGUCUUCUGUAUCCAUCCUAGACUGGGACACAUGUCUAUCCUUGUUUAAUCUUGAUUGUCGAUUGAAACAUCUUAUCUGUCAACUUGUGAGGCUGGAACAUUUUAUACACUGCAUAAGUAACAGUGACCUGUGAACAUCACUGUUUAACAGCUAAUGAGGAAAAUCACAUGAACUUAAGUUGACCAAAGACCAAUAUUUUGAACCAUUUCCAGUGGUCCGAGAGCACAGUACAUUUGUACAUGCAAUGAAAACCCCUGUGUAGUAGUUGUGAAAAUCUGUUUUCCUUCAUGUUUUCCUGAAUUUUGAAGAGUCCGCAUUUAGCUGUUAUCCUCUCAAAUCCAUUAGAACUAAACAGGGGUUUACUCAUGAAAAUGUAAUAGUUCUGAAUUGAAUUAAGUAAAUGUGUAAGUCUAUAACAAAGUGUAUUUGCCUGGUAUAUUGAUUAAAAGUUGUAACAGGUGAAGGUAUAUUUGAUUGAGAGAAGUGCUCUCAAGGAGAAGUGUAGGGUGUGUGUGUGUGUGUGUGUGUGUGUGUGUGUUAGUUACUAUGUGGUCUGUUUAAGACAGAGAGAUGUCACCACCUUUAGCAGGUUGUGAAUAUUCUACUAUAAAACUGGAAAUUCUCCUGUGUAGAAAUGUUAACAUUGUGAAUCUUCAAACCGAUUGUGAUAAUUGGUAAUUUUUAUUUUAACAAUGGUUCUAAAAUUAUAUCGAAUAUAUAUACAAUGUACAUGUAUAUCUAUAUAGAGCACAUGUAUAUGGAUAUUUUCAUGCUAAUUCACUCCCCACAAGAAACAUGAGCAUUUCCGAACUGCGAUAAUUUCCACGUUUACAAUGUGUAAACUUAUUCCUCAUUCAUUAUUGUACCGAUAAUUGAUAGUUUACUAUUAUAUACAUAACUGUUUUAUCUUAUUCUGACUCAAGAUCAUGAAGUCAUGAAGUAGCUUUCUGUCUUGUAUAAUUGUAUGUGAUCGUGUAUUGGUCUAAAUAACUUAGUUUAUUGGUAAAAAUAUUACCAUUUUCUUCCUAUCAUUUUCAUUAUACCUCAGUAUUAACAAAAAAUACACUGAGCUUUGUCAUUUCAAGUGCAAAUGUCGACAGUUUAUAAGUAAAAUAAGAGUCAAAAUAUGUUGACCAACAGAAUUGGAGCUUGAGACUGUAGCUGGGGUUUUUUCUUUCUUUUUUUUGCUGUGAAGCUAGCCACGAUUUGGACUUUUUCAUAAUUAUGAUCAAGUAACUUUCAAGUUUAUUCUAAACAAUUUGUGAGUGAAUGCUGAUGCUGUUACAGUAGCUGUGUGUCAGUAGUUAUGUUGCCUGUGUGUAACGGGUUGGCGAGAAGCAUGGUUGUUAUUCUCUUCUCAUCAUACGUGUGUUUGUCAAAUCAAGUCGGUUAUGGAAUUGUGAUAAUACCAACUGUGUUAAAAGAAGUUCAAACUUUGUCCAUUUGAUUACCAUAAAAAUGAGAACCACCUGAUAUAUUUACUUUAUAAAUGCAAAAAUAUUUGUAAAUUGCUGUAUAAAGACUACACUGUUAACCCUUUCACC